AUGUAUAUUUCUGUGAUGUUUGUUGGGCUUUUCGGCAUGUUUAUGUUCGCAGGAUCAGCAGACCCUGUAACAUAUUUGGAUAGACGUUGUGGAGAUGACUUGUCAAACUUAUGGUUAGACGUUGUCUUGGUUGUUGACAAUUCUCGAGCUGUAACUCGUAUGGAUAGGGUCAGAAAGAAUAUUUUGAACACUUUCCACAAUGGAACAAAUAUUGGAACAUCAGAAGACAAUCCAAGAACUACGAGGGUUUCUUUGGUUACUUACAACAAGUAUUCUGAAAUCAUUGCAGAUUUGAAUCAAUUUGAAUCAUUUGACGAUUUCAACAAAUCAAUUUCUAUGAACCUUGCCAACUCGAGUACUUUCGACGAAUCUUAUCUUAUAAAAGGAUUAGAAUCCGCUACGGUUGUUUUAGAGAAAUCUUCCCUGGCUGGAGAGCGUCUGAACUAUAAAAAAGUCAUUGUGAUUUACGCCUCUCUGGGCGAUGAUAUUCUGCUUGCAAUCCCUCUAGCCGAUCGCCUGAAAGCAGAUGGUAUCACUAUAAUAGCCGUAGCUGAAACAAGUGGAACUGAUAAUGAAAAACUAGAUUUUUGGCUAGAUCUGAUUUCAAGCGGAAGUAUGAGUUUUUCGAUCCAGGAUGAGAAAUUGGUUCAAGAAAUUCAAGAUUCAUUUUUGCAAACCAACUGUUUUUGCCCGAAUGGUUGGGUUCAACUCCGUACUUCUUAUUAUGAUAUGCAUUCUUAUCGAUACGGUAUCUGCUUAUCACUGAGUCCAUUGACUGCAAUUUGGAGAGCAGCUCGUUUGAGUUGUAGGAAUCAAUGGAGAAACGGUUAUCUUGUUAAUGAAUAUGAAGCCAACAAGCAUAAUUAUGUACUAGAAUCACUCCGAAAUUCAUCACUUUUUCGCUUACCGUAUACAUACCACAUCGGAUUGACUUAUUUAACUGGAUCUUGGUAUUGGGAUCAGCCGGAAGGAAACUCGUUGAGAAAAGUGGAUAAUCAGCAAUGGAAAAAUUGGAACCCUGGUUAUCCAAUCUUAUCAUCAACACAAACGAUUGGAGUAAAUGUACAAAAUAUAACUGACGAGUCAGAAACGGGAUGGCAAAAUGAAAAUGCUAUGGGUGAAGCACACUAUUAUGUUUGUGAAGUCGCUUCUUGUGAUACGGAUAAUUAUUGUGAAACCGAAGAUAAUUAA